AAAUGAAAUUUUCCGUGAUAUUACUAGUAGUCUCGCUAUCCGCCCUCUCUGAGGCAUCUGGGCGUGGCCGCAGUCACAGUAUUACCUGGGGCGCCAGAAGCUACAGGGAUAUGCUUUUACGCAGGGAGAUCAUUACGGAGAAGUCCAAGUUCCUGCGCGUGGUGACCAAAGACUAUGAGUUCGAUCAAAAGAAACUGGCACGCACCAUCACCCAAAUCGUGAUCACGGAUCAGAUUCGGGAUGGAAAUGGAGGCUAUGCAUACCUAACUGCUGGUGGGCCACAAACCACAUAUGCCAAGAUCCACUUGAAGAGCCAACGGAACCAGGGCUUCAGUUUCAUCAUCGACAUUUACGGCAUUUAAUUAUAUGCCCCUGCAUAUGCGAGUAUGCCUCUCAGAUACAUAUGCAAAUACAGAUAGUUUGUUCAUUUGACAAGCACAUAUUUA